AGAUCCCAAGGGGGGUAGCUCUGGAAGCCCUAUCUCCUUCCCCUCCCCUCCUCCUGCUCCCAGUUCUGGCUGGAGCAGCGUGUCUGUCAGUCCCAGGCAAGAGACAAGGCAGACAAAGGUUCAUUUGUAAAGGACCUCCUGCCAGCACCUCCUCUCUUCCCUGUUUGCCCAAAUUCAUCUAGUCAGUUGGAGCAUUUAAGAAGAUUAUUCUGCCAACAAGACCAAAAGGAAAGAAGAAGAAGAAACGGGCCAAAAGCCAAAAUGAAAUUUAUGAUACUUGUCGUCAUUGGGCUAACUUUCCUGCUAGGAGCCCAAGCCAUGCCUUCAAAUCGCCUGUCUUGCUACAGAAAAAUACUAAAAGAUCGCAACUGUCACAGCCUUCCGGAAGGAGUAGCUGAGCUGACACAGGUUGAUGUAAAUGUCCCAGAUCAUUUCUGGGAUGGGAAAGAAUGUGAGAUGACCUGUUACUGCAAUUUCAGUGAAUUGCUGUGUUGCCCAAGAGAAAUCUUCUUUGGCCCAGAGGUCUCUUUUGUGAUCCCUUGCAACAACCACUGAGAAUCUUCAUGUGUUCCAGAGAACACCAUUCCUGAUUUCCCAUGUUAUGUCAGUGUCAUUACAUUUCUAUGACUAUCCAGUGCAAUAAAGCACAAAUUCUAUAAAGUCUUACUUGUCUUGCACAAGUAAACUUGUGUUAAAUAGUAAUAAAAGUUAAUUCAAUUUAA